AUGCCAAAGACAGAAUUGGUGCAGAAGUUUCAUGUGCUGUAUCUUGGUAUGACGUCUGUGUCUCGCCCAAUAGGUAUGGACAUCAUAAACGGGGCCAUAGAAAACCUCGUGUCAUCCACAGGAAAAGAAGACUGGACUCCUGUCAUACUGAGUAUUGCUGACACCACCGUUGCUGUCAUCAAAGAAAAGGCACAAAAAAACUUUGAGGAAGAUGAGGAGGUGCUGGUGGAGUGCCGCGUCCGAUUUUUGUCCUUCAUGGGUGUGGGACGGGAUGUGCAUACAUUUGCCUUCAUUAUGGACACUGGAAGCCAACACUUCCAGUGCCAUGUGUUCUGGUGCGACCCGAAUGCAGGCUGUGUGUCAGAGGCAGUGCAGGCAGCUUGUGUGCUCCGGUACCAAAAGUGUCUGGUGGCACGGCCGCCCUCCCAGCGCGCCAGCUCCUCUUCCUCGCCCUCUCCAGACUCUGUGACCCGGCGGGUGACCACCAGCGUGAAACGCAGCGUCCAGUCUCUCAUAGACACUCUGAAACCCAAGAAACAGCCGUCAGAACUGCCCCAGCAAUGA